UGAACAUCUCCACUGAAGGACAGCCAGCGUAGACCAGAGCUCUUCUGACACUACAGUCCUUUAAAUAACAACUAAAAUACUGAUGGCCAAAGCCAUUUAAACAUAUUUGAGCAAUUUGUUUUAAAAGUAAUGUUGUGUAGAUAUUACAUUCAGUUGAUUAUAAAGUAGAAAGAACUACAUUUUGUGAGAAUAGAACUGAACGCACCAAAACCAGCAGAGAAGUUCAUCUGGUGAUAUUCCACGAGAAGACGAUUUAUUGGACCAUUAAACACCCUAAUGAAGAUUCCAGUGACUUGUUGCCUGCUUCUCCUGCUGUGUUUUGAGAGGACGUGCUGCGACAAGAGCCGUAAACAAGCUUCCAAUGCAGACACCUCCAAGGCUGAUGUCAGCCAAAAGAGGCCGUCUCGAGCAUCAGAGAAUAAGCCAAACCGCUGCUCCUACACCUUCAUCGUACCCCAGCAGAAGAUAACAGGGGCCCUCUGCGUGAGCACCGAAUCCGCCCGCGGCAACCGCUCAGAGAUGGCGGCACUGCGGGCACAGCUGACACGGCAGCAAGAACAGCUGGAUAGAAUGCGUGGGGAGCUGGAGCACGAAGGCACGCUGGCCAAUGAAAUGAGAGUUCUGCGCAGGGAGAGCGUCAACAUGAACGCCCGCAUCACCCAACUCUACGCCCAGCUGCUGAAUGAGAUCUUACAGAAGAAGGAUCAGGCUUCGGAGCAACAGCGGCUCGAGAGUUUGGUGAUUAACGCAACAUCUCAGGUCCUGCAAAUGACAACUAGUUACAGAGACCUGGAGAAGAAAUUUGACAUGCUCACUUCUCUCGUGAGCAACCAGAGUCAGAUAAUCUCACAACUGGAGAAACAGUGCAAAGCACAACAGGAAGAUAGACCACAUCCGGUUCAACAGUCAAGUGAAACGCUGAGUGUAGAGUCUAAACAUGUUGCCAGCAAUGUCCAAAGAGACCAAAGUGCCCAGGAACACGGAUCACAGGAACCGCCGGAGACCUUUGAUGACGCACCCACUGUAACACCUUUCAUCAGUUACCCCGUCACUAAAUCACCAGGGCCCUGGCAGGACUGUCAACAUGUGCUGGAGUCAGGAGAGAAGACCAGUGGUAUCUAUCUGUUGCGCCCGCUUAACACCAACCAUCUGCUGCAGGCCUGGUGUGAUCACAGCAGAACAGAGGGUGGCUGGACGGUUAUACAGAGGAGACAGGAUGGAUCCGUUAACUUCUUCAGGACAUGGGAUCAAUACAAGCAAGGCUUUGGGAAUCUGGAUGGAGAGUACUGGCUGGGUCUGGAGAAUCUGUACUGGCUCACCUCACAGGUCACCUACAAGCUGCGAGUAAGCCUGGAAGACUGGCAGGGACGUCAGAUGUAUGCAGAGUACGACAGUUUUCGAGUUGAACCCGAGAACGACUGGUUUCGGCUGCGGUUAGGCAGUUACCAGGGCAACGCAGGAGACUCUCUCUCAUGGCACAACAAUAAAGCUUUCACAACUCUGGACCGCGAUAAAGAUGCUUACUCAGGUAACUGUGCUCAUUACCAGAAGGGCGGUUGGUGGUACCACAUGUGCGCCCAUUCUAACUUGAACGGGGUGUGGUAUAGAGGUGGGCAUUACCGAAGCCGAUACCAGGAUGGUGUUUACUGGGCGGAGUUUCACGGAGGCUCGUAUUCCUUGAAGAGAGUGGCCAUGAUGAUCAAACCAGUUUGAGCUGGACAGAAUUAAACAGAGCUCUUAUAAUCAUUGCUAAGACAAACAUGUUAUAGACUGAAGAAUGAUGCAAAGAUGAAGAGAAAUUCAUUGACUUUCUGAAGUUCUUGUUGAUAAGCCCCUGAUACCUCAUUUUUAUUCAUGAAAAUAUGAAAUUGUGUUGUGUUAUUAUUUGCGUUACGGCAUCAAGCUCCAUUUUCACCUCUAAAAUGUAUAUGUACUUAUUUUAAAACUACUGCUUUACUUGAAAGUGCUACUAAUAUGUAUGCUUUUAUGUUUAACUGCUGAACAAUUCAUAAAAUGUAUCAAAGCCGAAUAUUUUGUUUAUUGUAAACGAUGUUGCGUCAUACCUUUAGCGGCUUCCCUCUUUCUAACUGGCAGCAGGAUAUCCUGUCAUUAUCGUCUCAGACAUUUUACACCACACUUAUUGAAUGCAGAUACAAUCACUUUCAUUAUACAUUUUUGAGCUUCAAGAAACGACACAUCCAUCUUCCAUCACUCACAUUAUAGACAUCAUUUGUUGGGUGCCAACGAUGCUUUUAUCUCAUCUGCUGAUGAGUGUCUUGCUCACUCUUACACAUGGAGAUGACUGCCGAAUUUUCUUUGACCCCCCGGAGGUACUGGUUAAAUAUGGAGAUUCGACCUCAGUGAAGUGCUUCACCGACAUGCCACACCAGGGCUUGAGAUGGGAGGGAUUUAACACAGAAAUCAAUACGACUGAAG